GAAGGGGCGGGGUUGCGGUGUCCCCGCUAUGGCGGCGCUUGUGAGGGCAGCGGGGCGAGCCCUUCUAGGCCGGGCCGAGCCGCUGCUCUGGGCCGAGCGCAGCCUUAGCAGCGGCGGGGUGCACUGCGGGGCCGUGCGGCCCGGGCUCCCCGUGCCGCUGUCCUCACCCCUGGCAGGGCUCACCCGCGCCAUCCGCAUCAGGGAGCCCCCGAAGCGCAAGCAGGUGGAUCGGUGGACGGAAAAACGGGCCUUGUUCGGGGUCUACGACAACGUAGGGAUCCUGGGCGGGUUCAAGAUCCACCCGAAGAACCUCAUUGUGGGCCCCAAGUGGCUGCAAGGCUGGCGGGGGAACGAGCUGCAGAGGUGCAUCCGCAAGAAGCAGGUUGUGGGAGAUCGGAUGUUUGUAGAGGACUAUCAUAAACUCAACAAGAGGAUCCGGUUCUUGUACAGACGCUUCAAUCGUACUGGGAAGCACCGCUAGGAGCAACAUGAUGGGUUCCACAGGCGAAGCAUGGUUUUGUGUCACUGCAGUCAGAAUAAAGCCAGCUUUCACAUAGUUGAAUUCCCAGUGCUUUCUGCAACCAUUGCUGUGUGUUUCUGGCCCAGUUCCAAGGUCCUGCUGCUGCUCCAGGCCUGAGCUCCUCUGUGCAAGUUCUGUCCUCUCAGUCAUUUCUGAUAUUUCUCACAGACAUCUGUUCCGCUCUGCAUCCCUGAAUUUGACCUGAGAGUCCUCUCUUUUUGGCCAGGCUUUUGCCUGGUCUUUGUCAGCGGCAUAUCCUCACGUCCUACUUGACAGUUGCAGUAUGCUCCAGCUUGGGUUUUUCCUCAUAGCCAAAUUUUCAAGUUAGCACUGAGUGCCUGCCAAUGCAUCUUUCUGCUCUCUGUUUCACUCCUUGCCCUCCAUUUAUCUGUGAUGAAUAUCAAGCAUGAAUGAUCUACAUGUUAGUCUAAAUGCAUCAAAACCAGUCUUAAGAACAGGAUUUAUCUAUUUCACACCUAUGACUUCACUCUGUACUAGUGCCACUUACUGACCAAGUGGCAUUUUGUUUUUAGUUUGUUGGGAUUUGCAAAAGUAACUCAGGCACUUAAGCGUUUCUUAAAACUCUAGAUUCUGGUUUUCCCUAACUGUUAUUGGUUCCUCUAGAGGAGAAGUUGUGGAGAGUCAAAGCUGGCAUCCUGCUAGUCCAGCAUCACAAAGACCAUUGCAUGCUUAAGAAAACUCUGUACGACGAGCAGGCAUUUGCCAGUCCCUUCUCCCUGAGUUGUUAAUUGAGCUGCUGGGUAAUUGCGGAGUUAUCUGCUGGCUUGGUAUAUCCUGUUUCAGAGCAAUGCUUCUCUGUCUUCAAAAGCAUUUGGUUGUAAGUGGUAGGGAAUGAAAAGGAUUUCAUUUGGGUCUAAGCCUCAACACGGUGAAGCCAAAGUCCCUGUUGAAGAGGCCAAAGUCCAUGUUCUCAGGA